UAAAAGUUCCCUAUAUAUAGACUUUGCCCAAACCUUGGAAAUGUAUUAUUACAUUGUUGAGAUGAUGAUGAUGAAUAGCAUUUUCAUAUGGUUUCCUCUCCUCUUUCUCUUAACUUCUCUUCUUCUUCUCAAAACAAAAAAGCUUAUUCACAGCAACAACAAGAAGCUUAUUACCAAUCCUCCUCCAAGCCCUCCAAAGCUUCCUUUAUUGGGUCAUUUACACCUCCUUGGCUCCCACCCUCAUCGCUCUUUAUGCAACCUUUCACGAACACACGGUCCCAUCAUGCUCCUGAAACUCGGCUCCAUCCCCACUGUCGUCAUCUCUUCCGCAACAGCCGCAAGAGAGCUCUUCAAACACCACGAUCUCGCAUCUUGCAGCCGCCCUCGCUUAACGGGAAGUGGAAGAUUUUCCUACAACUUUCAAGACCUGAAUUUAUCCCCAUAUGGCGUGCGUUGGAGAGAGCUUCGAAAGAUUUUCAUGCUCGAGCUCUUUAGUACUAAACGAGUGCAAUCAUUUCAUCAUAUUAGAGAAGAGGAAGUGAGUUUUCUCAUAAACUCAAUCUCUCAACACUCCUUAAACUUUUCUUCAAAUCCAAUUGAUUUGAGUGACAAAAGCUAUUCUCUUACUGCCAAUAUUACAACAAAAAUUGCUUUUGGGAAGAGCUUUAGAGGGGGUGAAUUAGAUAACCAAAAUUUUCAAAAGGUUAUGCGUAGAGCAGUUGACGCCAUCAAAAGCUUUUCGAUUACCGAUUUCUUUCCGAGAUUCGGUUGGAUUGUUGAUCGAAUCAGUGGUGUCCAUGGGAAGUUGGAGAAGAGCUUUGGUGAGAUGGAUGCUUUUUUUCAAAAGGUAGUUGAUGAUCGUAUGAACUUCCACAAUGCAACUUCUGGAAAUGAAGAAAACAUUGUCGAUGUUCUGUUGAAAAUGAAGAGAGAUGGCUUUCAAUCUGAUGAACUCAUCCUUACUCAAGAUUGCAUUAAAGCACUAAUCAUGGAUAUUUUUCUAGCAGGAGUAGACACAGGAGCAGGCACCAUUGUUUGGGCAAUGGUAGAGCUAAUUAGAAACCCAAGAGUAAUGAAAAAGCUACAAGAUCAUAUCAGAAGCCACAUAAAAAAAGAUCAAGUAAAAGAAAUGGACCUCGAAAGGCUUCCAUAUCUAAAAAUGGUAGUGAAAGAGGUUCUAAGGUUGCAUUCACCAGCCCCACUUCUCCUUCCAAGAGAAACCACGUCCCAUUUUAAGCUCAAUGGCUAUGAUAUACGUCCCAAGACUCAUCUUCAUGUCAAUGUAUGGGCCAUUGGACGAGAUCCAGAGUGUUGGGUUAACCCUGAAAAGUUUUUUCCAGAAAGGUUUAUGGAAAGUAAUAUUGAUUAUAAAGGACAGGACUAUGAGUUAUUACCUUUUGGAGGUGGUAGAAGAAUUUGUCCAGGAAUAAAUAUGGCAACCAUUACGAUAGAGUUGACAUUGGCUAAUUUGUUACAUUGUUUUGAUUGGAAAUUAGUGGAUGGAAUGAAAGAAGAAGAUGUAGAUAUGGAAGAGGAUUUUGGUCUUACUGUUGCCAAAAAAUCACCUCUUAAACUUGUUCCCAUCCCUUACUUAAGCUAGCUUUUAGUUUAUUUGUUAUCCCAAUAGAAUAAACUUGUUGAUCAAAUAAAGAGUUCAUUUCCUUCCUUUA